UUGUCUUCAUUAACCGUUAAGGGUGUUUGCUUUAAAUCUGAUUCCCCAGAUGUUUUCUCAACGUUUCAGGGUUAUAAAUACAACGUUCUCGAAAAACCAGAUUACUCAAAAAUUGAGAUGUUUAUGAAUUUCAUUAAAGAAGCCAUUUGUGAUAAUAACGAUGAAGUGUAUAAAUACCUUCUCGGCUGGAUUGCAUCAAUGAUUCAACAUCCUGGAAUCAAGAAUGAAACAGCAAUUAUUUUGAAAGGACUUCAGGGAACAGGUAAAAACAGAUUCACAGACAUUAUUUCUGAACUUCUCGCUGGUUAUUCAUGUAAAAACAUUACCGAAAUAGGUGAGCUAACGGGUAAUUUCAACUCAGUAGUUGAAAAUAAAAUGUUUCUUGUACUUAAUGAACUCAAGAAUGUAGGUGAAGAUAGACUCGCAAACUUCAACGCUUUGAAAUCAAUUAUUACGGAUAAUGAGAUUAGAAUUAAUGAAAAGAAUCAACCCAGAAGAACUGCUCAGAACGUUGCAAACUUCAUUUUCGUAACUAAUAACGUUUACCCUGUCAAAAUUGAAGUUGGAGACAGAAGAUACGUAGUUUUAAGGGUUAAUGGUAAAUUCAAGGGUCAAUUUGAUUACUUCAAGAAUUUAAUGGAUUCAUGCACUAAGGAAUUUUAUGAUAACCUUUUAACAUAUUUUAUGCAAUAUGACAUUUCAUCAUUUAAUGUACGAAUCAUACCGAUGACUGAAGCCAAACAAGAUUUAAUCGAGUUAUCAUCAAAUCCUUUAGAUGUAUGGAUAAAUACACAUUAUGAUGAAUUGUGUGCAGGUAUGAUAUGUAAAAAUGCUCUAUUCUGCAAACCAUCAGACAUGAAAGACAAGAAUUUCCAAAUGAGCAUUAAGGAUAAAUGUGAAAGGAAACAAAGAAAAAUAGAUGGUAAACAGACAUGGUAUUAUGUUUUGAAAGAAGAAAUGAAAGGAUUAUAUAAACAAAUUGAACCAAACGAUAAUGAGGAAUCAUUUACUGACGAUGAAAUACCUGUGAAUGAAGCUUUAUAA